ACAAAACCGCAUGCGGCAGUCGUCCGGCCGGUAUUUUUAUAAUCGUGUGUUUAUCACCGAACCGUGUUUAUCUAUCUAACUUUGCGAAAUAGUGCUUUUCUAACGUGCCUAGUAGAUAGUUCUAUAAGGAUGAGUUUCGCUGGUCCUAAAGAAGUAAUUGCGGAGGGUGACACCGUAGUGCUUUACCUAACGCCGGCCCUAAUGCACACGAUCGACGCGGUGCGGCAGAUUCGUAACAAAAAGAACGAAAUGAUCGAUUACGUGUUUCAGACCAGCUUCGGUGCGCUGAAGGUAUGCGAUCUGAUCGGUGUGCGUUACGGUUCCCGGGUGCAGCUCACCAAAGGCUGGGCGCACGUCCUGCAGCCGAAUCCGGAGCUCUGGACUCAAACGUUACCCCACCGGACGCAGAUUCUCUACACCCCCGACAUCAGCAUGAUUCUGUACCAGCUGGAGGUGCGGCCCGGCAGCGUCGUGAUCGAGUCCGGCACCGGUUCCGGCUCGCUCUCGCACUACUUCCUGCGCGCGAUUCGCCCCACGGGCCAUCUGUAUACGUUCGAUUUUCACGAAGAGCGUGUCGCGAAGGCACGCGAAGAGUUCACCGCCCACGGACUGGGCGACAAUGUUACCGUGCGGCAGCGGGACGUGUGCGAGCACGGAUUCGGCGACGAGCUGGAUGGCAAAGCGGAUGCCGUGUUUCUCGAUCUGCCGGCGCCCCAGCUCGCUAUUCCGUACGCCGCGAAAGCGCUGAAAAAUGAAGGUGGUCGCAUCUGUUCGUUUUCACCCUGCAUCGAACAAACGAUGCGCGUCUGCGAGACCCUAGUGAAGCACGGGUUUACCGAGGUGCAGAACCUGGAAGUGCUACAGAUCGAAGAAUGCGUCCGCACGCGCAAUGUACCGGUGAUGGAAUUCGAUUUCCUCAAGACGAAGAAAACCGACACCGAAAAGGACACGAAGACACCACGGGAAAGCAAAAAGUAUACCACCUCGAACGCCCCGCACACAAUGGCCGGCCAUACCGGGUACCUGACGAUAGCAGAACUGCCACCACUCUUCGCCCGGUAAUGGAUCUCUAGGCGUACGGUUCGAACUCUUCAACAGAUUACGUCACCACACGACGUGGCAUUGGAUUAACUUUGACGGUAUGACGAAUAAAGGAUAAUUAAUUCCG